GCACAUAUAGAACAAAAAAAUAAAUAGACCCUGCUAAAGCUGCUCUCUGUUCUUUAGCACAAAACCGUCAGAAUUCUUUAGGACCCUGUUCCACUGAGCACAACACAGAUUCUUUCUUUAUUUCUCUCUCUCUUGAGCUGAGAUCUCUCUACCAUAUAAACCCCACCACAUGCUUCCAUAAACCCCACAACAUUUCUCUUUUCACUUCAUUAAAUAUUACUACAAAAUUCUGUCCUUGUUCUUCUCAGUUCUAAAAACAAAACAGAGCUACAACAACAACAACAUAAAAAUGCCUUCUGAUGUGAGUGACCGAAGAGCAACCAAACAACAGCAAGGAGGUGCACCGGCUCCGGAGCCGGAGCAUCUUCCUUGCCCACGUUGUGAUUCCACCAACACAAAAUUCUGUUACUAUAACAACUACAAUUUCUCUCAGCCACGUCAUUUCUGCAAAUCGUGCCGCCGUUAUUGGACGCACGGCGGCACUCUUCGUGACAUCCCUAUUGGUGGUGGAAGUCGUAAAAAUGCAAAACGGUCCCGUACAAUCACUACUAACUCCAUUAACAGUAGCUGCUUGUCCUCCACGCUCUCUCCUCGCGACUACCAUCACGCGCCUAACCCGUCACACGUUUCUCCUUUUUUGGUUCCUCUAACUGCCGAUCAUGGCGGUUCACUACCGUUUGACGUGAAGCCGAGUGUGAACAUGUGUGGGAGUUUCACUUCGUUGUUGAGCAGUGCUCAAGGUCCUGGUGGGCUUUUAGCACUUGGUAGAUUUGGGCUUGGUGUUGGGUCUGGAAUUGAAGAUAUGGGCUUUGGUCUUGGUAGGCCCAUUUGGCCAUUUCCUGGAGUAUCACAUAACAGUGUUGAUAAUAACAAUAAUGGUGCUGGAGCUAGUAUUUUUGGAAGCACGUGGCAGCUUGCUAGUGGUGGAGAGGGAGGCUUCGUUGGAGCUGGAGGAGAAAUUUUUAAUUUCCCAGAUCUUGCUAUUUCUACGCAUGGAAAUGGUAUGAAAUGAUUGCUUUUAGGGGAAUUACGAAUUGGAUUUUGUAACUUUUAGGGGUACUUGUGUCUUUUUUUUAUUUUUAU